AGAAAUUCGCAAAGAUCAAUGUUUCAUGCAAGUCACGAGCUAGGAUUUCCACAUCUAACUGUUUGGAGAGAGCUGAGAAAAUGCUUGCAAAUGAAACCAUAUCAGAUUCAUUUGCUUCAAGCCAUUACACAUGGUGGCAAAGAAUGCUGGCACUGUCACACUCAAUCAUUUUUCGAGAGUACUUUCUUUUGUUGGACUGCGCAUUGCUUCAGAGGAGUUUCUUCUACUACUUAAGAAGUUCUUGAAAAGUGGUUAUACAGUGAAUUACAUUGCAUUUGUUAAUGCAAUUGAAAAUAUCAUCCUAGACCUUGAGAAACAUGGAGAGCUUGAAGCAUUAGGGAAAUCAGCCCAGUAUCCUGGACGUUAUCUGUCAGCUGAGAUGCCAAAAUUACCACGACCUGAGUUGGGAAAAGUUAGCUACCCUGCCCAAUGUGUUUCAGUGCACAAUGCGCCAGCCUCACGGCAGACGGCAGACGAAGGCGCAACACACACUGCAUUGACAACCUACCCACCAGAUGAAAGUGCAGAUCAGCUAGUCAGACGGUUGCAGCAUCAUGUAUUGAGUGAAGGAAUUCGAACUCGUGAAGUUUUCACAGACAAGGAUCCUCAUAAAACUGGUCGUGUGACACGAGAACAAUUUCGAUGUGCUCUGGAUAUGCUGGGAGUUGCAGGAACACAACGGCUAUUUAUGUCUGAGACUGAGAUCCAUUCACUAGCUGAUGCUUAUAAAGAUCCAGAUAAUGAGUCAUACAUUUGCUGGGAUAAAUUUGUGAAUGAUAUUGAUAAAGUAUUUACAGUUCAUGGGCUCGAAAAAUUUCCCUGCUUGCGUGUGGAGGUGCCUCCAAAUGGCGUUCGUGAUGUUCCACGGAGGGGCGCUGUACAGCCUGGGACACCUCUUCCUAAACUUUGUCAGGAUGCACUGGAUAAUAUUAAAAUCCAGCUCAAAGAACUCAGUUGUCAGCUCCGUCCUGGAUUCAGCAACUACGACAAACGCAGGUGUGGUCAUGUUAGUCCAGAACAAUUUCGACAAGCCUUGCAAGUGGCUGGACUGGAUGUUCCUGGAGAUCAGCAAACUUGCUUACUGCAGUACUUUAGUGAUGACAUGGGAUUCAAUUAUCAAUCCUUUCUUCAAGCUGUUGAACCUCUGGAUAAUCCACCAUUGUAUGAGAAAUAUUUGGAACAAGUGAAAAGAAUUAAUGCUCCGAGACCAGGAAGAAAACCUUCCUCUCAGGAGACAAACAUAGUUGAAAUAAUGGCAAAAAUGAAAUCAAAGGUUGUCAAAAAUCGGAUGAGAAUUAUAGAAUUUUUGAGGAACUUUGAUCGCCACAAUCAACAAUGUAUCUCAAAGGCAAACUUUGCUCGGGGUUUGGAUCCAUUAGGAUUGCAACUUACUCCAACAGAAGUUGAAACACUUGCUGAAGUAUUUGCAAGCCCUAAGCAACCAGGAUUUGUAGAGUAUCUUCGUCUGGUUGAAGCAGUUGAAGAAGCUGUUACACAGGCAGGACUUCAAAGAGCACCUACAAUUACUCCAAUACAGCAUCUGGCAAUUAAUGAUGGUGAUCACAAUUUCCUAAAUUUUGAGGAACGGCAGAUGGUUAUACGUGUUCUUGAGCGGCUGGCAAGGCAUAAUGAAUACAACUUUAUUUCAGCUUUUAAGGACUGGGAUCCUACAAACAUUGGGACAAUAUCAAAAGAGCAGCUAUUCAAAGUUUUUUCAGUACUGGGAAUUGCUUCAUCAUUUUCUGGUCAAGAAAUUGACAUUCUAACCAAGUGUUUUGGUGUUGAACGUGGCCUCCGAUUAGAAGUUGACUACAGAGCACUGUGUCAUGUGCUUGACAUUUUACAUAAUACGAGCAGAGCACAUGCCGCCUAAGAACUCUAGAGAAGUUAGCAUUCAUUGAUUUAAGCUAUGAUCCAUCAUUUUCAGUGCUUAAUCUUCAGUGUAAAAUACAUGUUAUGCCAAUGAUUACUU